AUGAUCGUGGGUAUUGAAGGAGUGGAAAAUUUUUUGGAUGACUUCCUAAUUCACAGCAAAGAUAGAGAACAACAUGAUCGCAUAUUAGAGAAGUUGUUCACUCGAAUACGUGAAUACGGAUUCCACAUUCGUCCGGAGAAAUGCAGUUUCUACAAAGACGAAAUCAGGUACAUCGGCUACAUUAUCAAUGCCAACGGUAUCAAGCCUGAUCCAGAAAAGGUAGAUGCCAUAGUGAAAAUGUUGCCACCAACAGAUAUCAGUGAACUCCGAUCUUUUCUCGGAGCGGCUAAUUUCUAUGGUAAAUUCAUCCACGAAAUUCAUCGAAUAAGACAGCCAUUGGAUGAUCUUCUGAAAAAGGACCGAAAGUUUGUGUGGAAUAGUCAGUGCCAGAAUGCAUUCGACAGCAUCAAGAGCAUAUUACAGUCAGACUUGUUGCUCACGCACUACGAUCCGAACCUUGAACUCAUCGUAGCUGGUGACGCAUCAAAAACAGGAAUCGGCGCUAUCAUAAUGCAUCGUUUCCCAGAUGGUCAAAUGAAAGCUAUUGCAUUGAGAACGCUUACCAUCACCGAACAGCGAUACAGUCAGGUGGAAAAAGAAGCGUUGGCGUUGGUCUUUGCGGUAACUAAGUUUCGACGAAUGUUACUGGGAAGGAAGUUUAUACUGCAAACGGAUCACCAACCUCUACUGAAAGUGUUCGGAUCCAAGAAAGGUAUUCCACUGCACACAGCGAAUCGUCUUCAGCGAUGGGCAUUAUUGCUACUCGGAUUCGACUUCAACGUGGAGUAUAUCGCAACAGACAAGUUUGGAUACGCGGACGUACUUUUUCGGUUGAUAAGUAAUCACCAGAAGCCGGAGGAAGAGUACAUUAUUGCAGCAGUCAAUCUUGAAGAUGACAUCAACGCAUGUCUUGAGGAAUGUCUCUCAACACUUCCAAUAAACUAUAAGAUGGUCAGAACAGCAACGAACAAGGACGCGUUACUACAGCAGGUCAUACAGUACAUCGACAGUAGUUGGCCAAACAAUAGCAAGAUUACGGAUCGAAACAUGAAGACUUUCCAUUCUCGACGCGAAUCGUUGUCCGUAGUAAACGGAUGCAUCAUGAUGAACGAGCUUAUAGUGAUUCCAGAAUGCUACCAUCAGCGUGUUCUGAAGCAGCUCCAUCGUGGUCACCAAGGCGUAGAACGGACGAAGGCAAUCGCUCGCAGCGUAGUCUACUGGGCAAACAUCGACGACGACAUUGAAAAUCUAGUUCGUCAGUGUUGCAUCUGUGCUAGCACUGCGAAGUCUCCAACACAUCAUCAACCGCAACCAUGGCCACGAGCGGCUGGACCAUGGAAAAGGAUUCACCUAGACUACGCAGGACCGCUUGAUGGUUUCUACUAUUUAGUUGUAGUAGAUUCAUACUCAAAAUGGCCAGAAAUUUUCCAGACACGACAGACGACAUCAUCUGUUACAAUCAGAUUUCUUCAGGAAACUUUCGCUCGAUUCGGUAUUCCGGAGACUAUCGUCACAGAUAACGGAACGCAGUUUUGCAGUGCUGAAUUCAAAAAGAUGUGUGAGCAACUAGGGAUAAUCCACAUCCGUACAGCUCCAUAUCACCCACAGUCGAAUGACCAGGCAGAACGCUUUGUCGACACCUUGAAACGGUCAUUACGCAAAAUCGUAGAGGGGGAAGAAGUACCAUCAGUCGAAGCGUUACAGACUUUUCUACAAGUUUACCGGUCUAUACCUAGUGCCUCACUUGCUGGUAAAUCACCAUCAGAGGAAAUGCAAGGUCGGCCCAUGCGGACAACAUUAGAUCUUCUUCGACCAUCAGUAUUCAACAGUACUCGAAAUUAUCGUAAUUCGAAGUUCACGACAGGAUCGACAGUCUAUGCUAAGCUGUAUCAAAAUGCAGAUAAAUGGAUAUGGGCUUCCGGAACUGUAGUUGAAGCCAUUGGAGGAGUUAAUUUUAAUGUUCUUCUAGAUCAACAGUCAGGUCGCCGUAAGCUUAUUCGAUCACACAUCAACCAGCUUCGGCCUAGAUGCGACAACGUUAUCAAACCGUCAGCAGUGUCAACUCCGUUUGAUAUUCUCGUAGACAACUUCGACUUACGAAGGCAAACUUCAGCUCAACAAUCUGCGAAUGAACUGGGUCCAGUUGACGAGUUCCACGAUGCCAGUUCAACCACAUCCAACCAACCAACAACGCAGCCACUUAUUCAGAAAUCCUCCAGACCAACCAGAGUAUCUCGGAUUCCCAAACGCUUAGAAGAUUACGUCGUUGGUUAG